AUGAAGGUUCACACAUUUACUCUUGCAGUCCUUUGUUCUAUGCUUUUAAGCACUACUUGCUAUUGCAUCAACCCCAAAUUUUUCAACCCUUCAAAGGUUCCAAAUGAUGAAAAACCAUGGGACCAAACACAAGCUACAUGGUAUGGAACCCCCGACGGAGCUGGAUCAGAGAGUGGUGCAUGUAAAUAUGGUAAAACUGUGGAGAAUCCUCCCAUCUCUAAAUUGACGGCGGCUGUUGGCCAUUAUAUUUUCCGCCAGGGCUACGGAUGUGGUGCUUGUUAUGAGGUGAAAUGCACAGAUAAUCCAGCAUGUUCAGGGAAGCCAGUGACAGUGGUGGUAAGUGAUGAAUGCCCAUCGUGUUCAGGAUACCAUUUCAAUCUCAGUGGCGCCGCUUUUGCUUCCAUCGCAAAUCCAGGUCAACAAGAUACUCUUCGCAAACUUGGACAAGUCAACCUUCAAUACAGAAGGUAUAAUGCUUUGCAAAUAAUUUUUCCAAACUAA